GAUCAAAACAACAUGUUGAUUAUGCUAAAGGUGGAUGGAAGUUGGGAUGAAUCCUAUGUUUUCUGUAAUAAACGAACUUGUGGUCUCAUAGUUCCAGAUGAGACAUUAUAUGUUCGUUUUAUUGCUUUGGUGUAUUCAUGCAUUGGUUCAUUUGCUAUGAAUGAAAAGUUGAAGAUCAGUUAUUUGGUUGAAGAAUGUCCUCCCCCAAUGGUUGUUAAUGAUGAUUACAGUUUGUGCUUUUAUUUGGCUCUUAAAAAAUCACAACCUGAUUAUGCCAAGUAUCCUUUGUGUGUUGAGUUGUUUCCACUCUCUGUGUCUACUGCUUCCCACUUCUCUUCACAACUUCCUGCAUUUGAUUUAAAUGUGGCUGCAAAUGGUGAAUUUGAUGAUCUUGAAGACACUUCUAUCAUGCAUCAUCACACAUUUCACAUUUCUUCUCCUCAAAAUGAAGAUAUGUCUUUGGAUAUGUAUGCUACGAAUGCUGAUAUUUCAGUUCAGUCUGAUAUUUCUGGUUCUAGCAAUGCAGUUUCUUCACCUACAUCUUCAGGCAGUGAAGAUCUUGCUGUUAAUGAACACUUUGAUUUAGACUAUUUUCAUGAUUUUCAAGAUAUUCAAGUAAUCUGUCACUUUCAUCCUACUCGUAUUGCUAAAGAUGCUAUCUACCAGGAUAAGAAAUCAUUAGCCCAUCAUUUGAAGAUGUAUGCCAUUUCAAAUCUUUUCCAAUAUCAAACAAAGACAUCAACUAGAAAAGUCUUGCAUGUUGUUUGUGUUGAUGAUGAGAAUUGUGAUUGGGCUGUACGUGCAGUGAGGUUGAGUGGAUCUCAAAUGUUUCAAGUAAAAAGAUUUGAUUCUGUGCAUACAUGCUCACUUGAUGUGAGACAAGGUCCCCACCGCCAAGCUACCACAGAAAUUAUUGCUGAACUCAUCAAACACAGAUAUGCGGAUGCAUCUAGAAAACCUUAUGCUCCGAAAGAUAUUAUUGUUGAUUUAAAUAGAGAUUAUGGUUUGACUAUACCUUACAAGAAAGCUUGGCUUGCAAACAAGAAAGCUCAAGAAAAGUUGAUGGGUUCAGAUGAGCAAUCAUAUCAAUUGUUACCCUCCAUGGCUUAUGUUCUUAGAAAGAAACAUCCUGGUUCAUUGAUUUUGUUAGAUGUUGGGGCACAUAAUCGGUUUAAGUCUUUCUUCAUGUCGUUGAAUGCAUGGAUGGAAGGCUGGAAACAUUGUGUUCCGGUUCUUAUAAUUGAUGGCUCAUUUAUGAAAGCGUAUUACAAGGGUACUCUAUUGACUGCAUGUGGUCAAGAUUCUAACAACCAGAUUUUCCCUUUGGCUUUUGGUGUGUGUGAUACUGAGCGAAGGAAAACAUGGACUUGGUUUUUUAUGAAACUGAAGGAGUGUCUUGCACAUAGGGAGGACAUGUAUAUUGUUUCAGAUCGUCACGAUGGUAUUAUACAUGCAGCAAAAGUGGUGUUUCCGCAUGCUGAACACGGCUACUGUGCGUACCAUACCCUAGGAAAUAUUAGAUCAAAGUUCAAGGGAUCUACUACAGGUCUUGCAUGGAAGUUUAAUCAAGCUGCUAGGGCUGCCACUCCUGCUCAAUUUGAAGAGUAUAUGGCUUUAUUAGAUGCAGAAGAUCCCCGUAUCCGUGAUUAUUUGAAUGAAAUAGGUGUUGAGAAAUGGGCUCGCUGUUUUGCUCCUCGUUCUAGGUAUUCUAUAAUGACAUCUAACAACGCCGAGUCAGUGAAUUCAGUGGACCGUGUGCCUCGUGAGUAUCCUAUAGCAAAAUUGAUAGACUUCUUGCGGGGAAGGAUGCAAAAAUGGUUUUGUGAACGUCGUGAUUCUUCAUCAAGUUGUAAAACAAUUCUGUCUGACCAUUUUGAAUCUCAACUUCGUUCUUAUCAUGCUGAGGCAGCUCUUAUGAGUGUCAAUCCUGCUAGUCAAUAUGAAUUUGAAGUGGUGGACAAAACAUCCAGAAGCUUUAUUGUUAAUCUGAAAGACAAAACAUGCUCAUGUUGUGAAUUUCAACUAGACCACUUUAUAUGUGUACAUGGAGUUGCAGUUGUAGGUCAUCGUCGAGGUUUAUCGUGCUAUGUUUACAUCUCAAAGUUUUAUUUCACACGUGAGUGGGUUGCUGCUUAUAUAGGGGAAGUUCACCCUCUUGGUUCUCGGUGUGAUUGGGGUGUUCCUGCUUCUGUGGCAUCUGAAAUAUGCAAGCCACCUACAUGCCUCACACGCCAACCGGGUAGACCUAAGAAGAAGCGUAUUCCUUCAAUUGGAGAGUUUGGUUCCAGGCAGCGGUGUUCACGGUGUAAGAAAGGCAGCCAUAAUAAGAAGUCUUGCAGGAAUCCUAUCCCAGUCCGUGCUUCAUAGUUUUAUGUGCUUUUGUUUUUUUCCCUAAACAAGCAAUAAAUAAUUGAAAGACAUUUAUGCUUUAUUCAUCACUAUUGUUAGCUGCCACGAUUUGUUGGCAUUGUAUUCUAUGUUCAUUGGAAUAGUACUUUGGCGUUUCAUUAUAAUUACUUUUUUUUUGAA